AUGGAGGCCAUCACUGUUCUGGCCUCGUUUACGUUCCUGCUUGCACUUGUCGUGGCUGGAGUGACUGUGAUCACAUUCUGGAGAAAGCACCGAAUUCAAUUCCAAAUCACCGACAAAUCCAAGCCAGUUCAAGAGCGAGGACGAAUUCGAGAGCGGGACCUGGAAAGUGCCGAGCAAGAGAUGAUACCAGCGCCGGCGCCAUGCGUUCAUCCACGCCUGGAAAGUUUGCAGAAUCCCCGGCGAUUCCCAACAUAUCCUCCAGCCAGAUCGGACAAUCCCUCUCUUCGCCCACAAGUCAGCCCAAUCACCCACACCUUCACUCCGUUCACAGCAGCGACCAUCCCCGAGGAUCCUUUCGAACGUGCUGCAACUCCCGGAAGCAUCAGCCACUUUGCACCCGCCACAAACCCACGUGACCCCCAGGGCUUUCCGGAGCAGAAACCCUAA